ACACAUUCGAUCAAGCUAAACCAUUCAUCAGCUGGUCUGCCAAGUAGAGGCCGUAUUUAAGAACUUAAAAGCAACCUCAAUAUUUUCUUCUGUUUAGUACAAGACAGGUCUUGUGUUUUCACGCCUCGAACAAAAUGCAGUUGAUCCGCUUCGUCACCCUGCUCGUCAGCUUGGUCUUGCUUCCGGCCGUUACGUUGGCUAGCUGCCAUUUCAAGCACUACGCUCCGCGGAACAAAACGGCUCUUGCUGCAUGUAUUCCGAGUAUGAAGGCCUCCCGAGUAGAUAAUUCAAACUGUGGUAAUGUGAAAUGGUACUUGUCUCAAAGUGCUUGGUCGAAUACCGAAGACUGCUUCAACCUAUGCGCCGCUUGUCUUUCCAGUGGUAUCUCCGCUGGCGCUUCCGAGGUGUCUUGUCGCCAACGAAAGCUGUUUGCACAUUGUCAUGUCGGAUUCUUUUAAAGAAAAACAAAAACUUCCCGAUCUCCAUGUGCGGGGUGCAUGUUCUCUUCUUGUUACCAAAGCUUUUUCUAUCAUUAUUUUGUUUCUCCUGAGUUCUCGCUUGGCAGCUUAUCUGCUCCUAGUUCUCUCUGCUUCUUUUUCACUUCUUUCUUUCUCGCGCUUGUAGCCUCCAUUCAUUCUUUGUCAUGUGGGCUUCCUUACAUUAGCUUACAUUUCAUAAAUUGCAUUGCACGCCUUGUUCAAGAUUAUAGCACAUGAGCUGGAAGAGUUCUUUUUUCAUCCAUCCAAAUAUUCACUUGACAUCCAACCAGACAGGAAUGUAUAAAAGCCAAAUGGAGGAAUUCCUGUCAAUAUCUGUAGACCCUACA